AUGACCAUACUAGAGGAAAGAGAGACGUUCAGCGUCCACAACGAGUUCCGCAGCGACACCUUUACGCUUCCGACAAAACACAUGAACCAGGUGGUGAUGGACAAAAUCUCCAGCGGGACCCUUUUCCUCGGGGAUUCCGUCUACAAAGAAGACCCUUCCACGCUUGAGCUCGAGGCGAGAAUGGCCCAGUUGACUGGCAAAGAGGCGGCGCUUUUCUGUGUGUCUGGAACACUUUCAAACCAGAUUGGGCUUCGAGCUGCUUUGCACCAGCCCCCUUACUCAAUUCUCUGUGACCACAGAGCCCACAUUUAUUUGCACGAGGCCGGCGGCACCGCUACCUUGUCGCAGGCGAUGGUGCACCCGGUGAAGCCGGAAAACGGCAACUACUUGACGUUGGAGGACAUUCUUGAGGAAUACACUCCCGAUGAUGGCGAUAUCCAUGCGGCACCUACCAAAGUUAUCAGCUUGGAGAAUACUUUGCACGGAAUCGUCACUCCCGUGGACGAAAUACGGCGCAUCAGUGAGUUUGCCCGUAGCCAGGGGAUCGUGAUGCACCUUGACGGGGCUCGCUUGAUCAACGCCUCGGUGGCCACUGGUGUUUCUUUGCAAGAGUAUUGCCAGUACUUUGACUCGGUGUCGAUCUGCUUGUCGAAGUCGUUGGGAGCGCCCCUAGGCUCGGUGUUGGUAGGAGACCGUAAAUUUAUUGAAAAAGCCAAUCAUUUCAAGAAGCAGGCAGGCGGAGGCAUACGGCAGGCCGGAUUGAUGACGCUCAUGGCGCUCACGGCGCUCGAGGAUAAUUGGAAUAAGAUUGCCGACGCCCAUGCGUUUGCCAGAGAAGUGGGCGAGUUUUGCCAAAAGCACAGUAUUGCGUUGGAGUCUCCAGUCGAUACGAAUUUUGUGUUUAUCGAUUUGAAGAAAAACAAGAUGAACGACGCUUUGCUCGUGAAGAUUGCAGAGAAGCAUGGCGUCAAGCUCAUGGGGGGCCGCAUAGCGUUCCACUUCCAGUUGAGCAGAGAAAACGUGGAGAACUUGAAGGCGGCGUUAUAUGAGUGCAAGCAAGAGUCGCUCCGGCAUCCUUACGAGGGGAGACGGUGCAACAAGCAAAUGUACAACGUGGAUGUGAUCAAGAAUUUACAGCAGCUAAAGGUGGACUCUCAGACCACCAGUACUUAA